UCAUAUUUAUGCCACGUCAUCGGACCACCUUUGUGACCAAAACGCCGAGGAUUUUAAGAUCGCCCAUCCAUCACCCACCCCUGUCUAUCUCUGCCUGUGAAAAAACUAAAAAGUGCAAAAUGGGAAGCGAGAGGAAGUCGAAGGAAAAGAACAUAAAGAAAAGAAACUCGGUUUCUUCAGGCUCAGAAGAUGAGCAGAACAGCAAGAGGCGGAGGACAGGAGAAGAUGGCGAGAGGAGGGACAGAAAGAGUGAUAAGAAGGAGAAGCUCAAGGUGAAAAAAUAUCAUGACCACACCAAGCGACAUUCUGACAAAGAAAAGAAGUCCAAAGAUAAACACAAAAGUAAAAAUCACAAAAGUGAUCGCCACUUGAAGCACGAGGUCCAAGAGCUUAGCAAUGAUGACUAUUUCUCUAAGAAUAAUGAAUUUGCUACCUGGUUGAAAGAAGAGAAAAAUGUGUUUUUCUCUGAGCUUUCAUCUGAGUCUGCACACGAACUGUUCUCGGACUUUGUCAAGGCUUGGAACAAGCAAAAGCUUGAAUCCCGUUACUAUGAGGGCAUUACCAGAGGGCCCCGGACAUCCCAUCACUGGAAAAUCAAAGGGUAGCAAGAAAGUAUGGCACUGGCUAAUUCCUACUUGUUAUAUAUAUUUUUUUUCUUUGGUUAUGGACUUGCAGUGUGCUUAAGAAGAAUAUUUGUAUUUUCUUGAUGUAUAUGAUACUUGAAGCCCCCGAGGCUAAGUAGCAUAGAUGUGCAGCGCCUUUCAUCUCAGAACACUGAAGCGCAGGCUAAUGAUAUUUAGCGUUUGGUUUCGCAUCUGCCUUAAAUGCAGGAGACUAUACUUAGGAGAUUGACUUGCUCA